CCUGACCCCUCGCACAGUAGCCCGCUUGUUUCCUCAGCCCGGGGGAGGAAGCGGCCUGAGAGGAGAGGAAGGGGCCCCCGCGCAGGGGAGAGCUCCGGGUCCCCGAGCUCCCGCGCGCUCCGGAGGGCAGUGCGCGGCGCAGCAGCUCCCGCGGAGCGGGGGAGGGGGCCCGGACAAAAGGAGCUUGUGCCUUUAAGGCGGAGAGUCCGGGAGCCGACGGGGAGGGGACUUCUGGAUCCGGGGUAGAGGGCGCUGCGCUGGACAACAAGGGAGGGGGCGCGGGCCGGGCGGACGCCGGGUGCCGGGCGGCGGGGGACGGCGGCGCGGAGCAGGACGGCGCGGCGGCCGCCCGGCCGGGACCCCCGCCGGCAGCAUGUCCUGGUUUAGCGGCCUCUUGGUUCCCAAAGUGGAUGAGCGGAAGACAGCCUGGGGUGAACGCAAUGGCCAGCAGCGCCCACGCCGUGGGACCCAGGCCGCCGGCUUCUGCACGCCUCGCUAUAUGAGCUGCCUUCAGGAUGCAGAGCCACCCAGCCCCACCCCGGCAGCUCCUCCAAGGUGCCCCUGGCAGGAUGAGACCUUCCUUCGCAGGGGUGGCCCGGGCAAGAGUGUGGAGCUGGGGCUGAGGGCUGUGGCCCUGGGCUUUGAGGACACGGAGGCGACGGCAGCAGCUGGGGUGACCGAAGUGGCUUCCGGCGUGGCCCCCAGGAGUGGCCGAUCGUGCUGGCGCCGCCUGGUGCAGGUGUUCCAGUCGAAGCAGUUCCGCUCUGCCAAGCUGGAGCGCCUGUACCAGCGCUACUUCUUCCAGAUGAACCAGAGCAGCUUGACGCUGCUGAUGGCGGUGCUGGUGCUGCUCAUGGCCGUGUUGCUGACUUUCCAUGCCGUGCCUGCGCCCCCUCAGCCUGCCUACGUGGCCCUGCUGGCUGGGGCUGCCACCCUUUUUGUGGCACUCAUGGUGGUGUGCAAUAGGCAUAGCUUCCGCCAGGACUCCAUGUGGGUGGUGAGCUACGUGGUGCUGGCUAUCCUGGCUGCUGUGCAGGUCGGGGGUGCCUUGGCAGCCAACCCGCACAGCCCAUCUUCAGGCCUGUGGUGCCCCAUGUUCUUCGUCUACAUCACCUACACACUCCUACCUGUCCGCAUGCGAGCGGCUGUCCUCAGUGGCCUGGGCCUCUCCGCCCUGCAUUUGAUCUUGGCUUGGCAACUCAACCGCACUGAUGCCCUGCUAUGGAAGCAGCUUGGUGCCAACGUGCUGCUGUUCCUCUGCACCAACGUGAUUGGCAUCUGCACUCACUACCCAGCUGAGGUGUCCCAGCGCCAGGCUUUCCAGGAGACCCGCGGCUACAUUCAGGCCCGGCUGCACUUACAGCAUGAGAACCGGCAGCAGGAGCGGCUGCUACUGUCGGUGUUGCCUCAACAUGUUGCCAUGGAGAUGAAAGAAGACAUCAACACGAAGAAAGAAGACAUGAUGUUCCAUAAGAUCUACAUCCAAAAGCACGACAAUGUCAGCAUCCUGUUUGCGGACAUUGAGGGCUUUACCAGUCUGGCAUCCCAGUGUACUGCACAGGAACUGGUCAUGACCUUGAACGAGCUCUUUGCCCGGUUUGACAAACUGGCCGCGGAAAACCACUGCCUGAGGAUCAAGAUCCUAGGGGACUGUUACUACUGCGUGUCGGGGCUGCCAGAGGCCCGCGCAGACCACGCGCACUGUUGUGUGGAGAUGGGCGUGGACAUGAUCGAGGCCAUCUCGCUAGUGCGUGAGGUGACCGGUGUGAACGUGAACAUGCGUGUGGGCAUCCACAGUGGGCGUGUGCACUGCGGUGUUCUUGGCCUGCGGAAAUGGCAGUUCGACGUGUGGUCCAAUGACGUGACCCUGGCCAACCACAUGGAGGCCGGGGGUCGGGCAGGCCGCAUCCACAUCACUCGGGCCACACUGCAGUACCUGAAUGGAGACUACGAGGUGGAGCCAGGCCGCGGUGGUGAGCGGAACGCGUACCUUAAGGAGCAGCACAUCGAGACCUUCCUCAUCCUGGGUGCCAGCCAGAAACGAAAAGAGGAGAAGGCCAUGCUGGCCAAGCUGCAGCGGACACGAGCCAACUCCAUGGAAGGUCUGGUGCCACGCUGGGUGCCCGACCGUGCCUUCUCCCGCACCAAGGACUCCAAGGCUUUCCGGCAGAUGGGCAUCGAUGAUUCCAGCAAAGACAACCGGGGCACUCAGGAUGCCCUGAACCCUGAAGACGAGGUCGAUGAGUUCCUGGGCCGAGCCAUCGAUGCUCGCAGCAUUGACCAGCUACGCAAGGACCAUGUGCGCCGGCUCCUGCUCACCUUCCAGAGGGAGGAUCUGGAGAGGAAGGUUUGGGGAACGCAAGGGCACAAGGGCAAGGGCUGGGGUGGGGAAGGGCUGGGGAGGGCAGGGACUGGCUGGGAAGGCCGGCCACAGGCGAGGGGGGGCAGGGGAAGCUUUUGGGGACUGGGGUGUGUCAGCCUGUACUCAGCUGGGCCUCUUCUCCCUCACCGUCAGUACUCACGGAAGGUGGACCCCCGCUUUGGCGCCUACGUCACCUGUGCCCUGCUGGUCUUCUGCUUCAUUUGCUUCACCCAGCUCCUCGUCUUCCCACACUCAUCCCUGAUGCUCGGGAUCUAUGCCGCUAUCUUCCUGUUGCUGGUCGUCACUGUGUUCAUCUGUGCCAGCCACACCUGCGGUUCUCGGUUCCCUGAGGCGCUGCAGCGCCUUAGCCGGAGCAUCGUCCGGUCGCGGGCACACAGCACGGCAGUUGGCAUCGUUUCCGUCCUGCUUGUGUUCACCUCUGCCAUCACCAACAUGUUCAUCUGCAGCCACACCCCCAUACGGACGUGCGCAGCCCGGAUGCUGAACUUAACACCAUCCGACAUCACUGCCUGCCACCUGCAGCAGCUCAAUUAUACUCUGGGCCUGGAUGCUCCCCUGUGUGAGGGCACGGCACCCACCUGCAGCUUCCCGGAGUACUUCGUUGGGAACGUGCUGCUGAGUCUCUUGGCCAGCUCUGUCUUCCUGCACAUCAGCAGCAUUGGGAAGCUAGCCAUGAUCUUUAUCUUGGGGCUCAUCUAUUUGGUGCUGCUGCUUCUGGGUCCCCCAGCUACCAUCUUCGACAACUACGACCUGCUGCUUGGCGUUCAUGGCUUGGCUGCUUCUAAUGAGACCUUUGAUGGGCUGGACUGCCCAGCCGCAGGGAGGGUGGCCCUCAAAUAUAUGACCCCUGUGAUCCUGCUGGUGUUUGCGCUGGCCCUGUAUCUGCACGCCCAGCAGGUGGAGUCAACAGCCCGCCUGGACUUCCUCUGGAAACUGCAGGCAACAGGAGAGAAGGAAGAGAUGGAGGAGCUGCAGGCGUAUAACAGGCGGCUGCUGCAUAACAUUCUCCCCAAGGAUGUGGCCGCCCACUUCCUGGCCAGGGAACGCCGGAACGAUGAGCUCUACUACCAGUCCUGUGAGUGUGUGGCCGUCAUGUUCGCCUCCAUCGCCAACUUCUCCGAGUUCUACGUGGAGCUCGAGGCCAACAAUGAGGGCGUCGAGUGCCUGCGACUGCUCAACGAGAUCAUCGCUGACUUCGAUGAGAUCAUCAGCGAGGAGCAGUUCAGGCAGCUGGAGAAGAUCAAGACCAUAGGCAGCACAUACAUGGCGGCCUCGGGGCUGAACGCCAGCACCUAUGACCGGGUGGGCCGCUCCCACGUCACCGCCCUCGCUGACUACGCCAUGCGGCUCAUGGAGCAGAUGAAGCACAUCAAUGAGCAUUCCUUCAACAACUUCCAGAUGAAGAUCGGGCUGAACAUGGGCCCGGUUGUGGCAGGUGUCAUCGGGGCCCGGAAGCCGCAGUAUGACAUCUGGGGGAAUACAGUGAAUGUCUCCAGCCGUAUGGACAGCACAGGGGUCCCUGACCGCAUCCAGGUGACCACGGACCUGUACCAGGUUCUAGCUGCCAAGGGCUACCAGCUGGAGUGUCGAGGGGUGGUCAAGGUGAAGGGCAAGGGCGAGAUGACCACCUACUUCCUCAAUGGGGGCCCUAGCAGUUAGCAGGGCCCAGCUACAAAUGCAGCUGACAGGACCAAGGUGGGCAUUGAGUGGACUCUGUGCUCGCUGGGAGGAGCUGUGGGGAGCGGGAGCACCGAACCUCCAGAUCCUAUGGACUGCAAAGGGUGCUCCCCAGCAGGCUGGGCUCGGCCCCCGCUUGUCUGCCUAGGGCUGGCAAACUAGGGGCCACCAAGAGGAUCACGCAAGUGACUUUUUAAAACCGGGGUAGGGCUGUUCCCUCUCCCCUCCCAGCUUCGGGAGACAGGAGGCGGGGUACGGCAGCAGAGGGUGGCAGGAGGGGCUCCACUGCCUGAGAGGUCAGGGCGCCUACCC